GUGGGGACAAAGAGACGAAAAGUAAAAAAGUAUUUUAUCAAGAAACCGGAAGUAGUCGUUUUGACUACCGACGGGGUCAAUAUUCUUUUGACAUUUUGAAAGAGACUUAAUAAACUAGUAUAAGUUUCAAUUUACAAAAAAAAGUUUGAAAUUUACGAUUAUUUCAAUCACUUCCGGUGAUGACAGGAAGUGACGGUCGACAUGCUCAACACCCUAUUGCAUGCUUACAAACAGAGAUUGAUCAUCCCUGAAUAUUUGAUGAACCUAUCUUUUACCCUUUCCAAGAAAAAUGCUGGACAAAAUCUCGUUUGAGAAACAGAAAAUCGGCCAUACUUUCCUACCGGAAGUGAAUUUUGGAAAAACAAAAAUAACCACAGCAAAGUCAUUUCAUAAGACAUUAUUCCUGAAAAUUUCAAGAAAAUCUAUCCAGCCAUCUCUGAGAAAUCACUUGAAGAAAUCGGAAAAUUGUCAUUUUUUUCAAAUACUUCCGGUAUAGAGCGGAAGUGACGGACGAAAAAAUUGAAAGUAUGUGUACAAUGGCCUAACGCUAGUUGAUCAACCCUACAAGUUUCAAGUAUCUAUAUAUUUUCGUUAUUGAGAAACUGAAAAAACAAAGUUUGACUUUGUCCACCCCCUAUAUCACGACCGGAAGUGAAUUUUCGAAAAAUAUUUGACGUAACUCUAGACAUUUAUAGUGUCUACAAUAUAUGUUAAAUACAAGUCAAAUACUUGUUUAGUAAACGAGAUUUAAGGCAUUGAAAAAGGAGAAUUUGAAAAGUUUUUCCUUAAUUACCGGAAGUCGACGUUUCCACUUCCGGUGGGGUCAACGGUUUUCAAUACUCCAAAAGAGACCUGAUAAAGUGGUAUAGGUUUCGAUUCAACAACUACAACUUUAAUUUUUCGAUUUUUUUUAUCACUUCCGGUGACGACAGGAAGUGACGGCGGACGUGCUUAACCCGAUUCGGCUCGCCUCUCCUUAACCCUUUCGUGCUUAACCCGCCCAAAUCCGCCCCCGCCGGCAUGUGCUUAACCCGCCCGAAACCGGCCUUGUUUACCUGUGCUAUUUAAAGAGCAAAAGGUAUUGAUUGGCUAGCAAAAAUAGUUGCUGACGUUUACAUACGGGUUUGUCAUACAGGACAUUCGGAUUUUUUCUAGGUUUUACAUUAUAUUCAGUUAACUAUUAAUAGAAAUUCAGAAUAUUCCGAAGGUAAUUUUAGCGUGGGUUGAAAAUGGCGUCGGAGAUAUCGAGUGAUAGUGAGUUUGAUGGUUUUGAUGAAGAACAAGUGUUAUCUGCGGUAGAAAAGGACAGGGAAAUACAAGAAAGAGUUCGGAGAAUAGUUGACAAUGAAUCAGAUGUGGAUGUUUCUGAAGAAGAAAGCGAGGAUUCGGCAGAAAGUUCCGACGAAGACGAGAUGUGCGGCGAUAUUUACAUGCGAAAUGUGAAUCGUGAUUGGGAUCACGAACUUUCAGAGGUGAAUAUACCAGCGUUUGAGGAAGAAACUGGAGUGCAAAAUCGUCUGAAUCCAGAUGCAAGGCCUAUCGACUAUUUCUUCAGGUUUUUACCUCAAGUUUUCUUUGAAAAUCUUGCAACGGAAACAAACAGAUACGCUACCCAGAAAGGACCUGAUCCAAGAUGGAGUCCAACAAAUGCAAACGAGAUGCGUGCAUUUGUGAGUAUUAACAUUUUCAUGGGUGUUCGACAAUUACCAUGCAUUAGUAAUUAUUGGAGUACUGAUGAACGCUUUUCUGACCCAUUCAUUGCAUCAAUCAUGCCGAAAACUCGUUUCGUGAAAAUAAACCAGUAUUUACACCUGAGGGAUACAUCAAAUACACCUGGACGAAACGAUCCUGCUUAUGACCCGCUGUUCAAAGUAAGAAAUCUUAUCGAUGUCAUCCAGCCGAAAUUAAGAGAAACUUACAAACCAGGAAAAAACCUCUCCGUUGAUGAAGGAAUGAUUGGAUUCAAGGGGAGGUUGCAUUUUAGACAAUACAUGCCAGCAAAACCAACGAAGUGGGGGAUCAAGGUAUGGCAAAUAUGUGAGUCGGACACUGGUUACUGUUGUGGUUUUGACAUUUAUACGGGGAAAAAACCAGGAGGAAGACAGCAUGGUCUAGGAUAUGAUGUUGUAUGGAAUUUAUCAAAACAUUAUCACCAUCAAAACAGACAUCUGUACUUUGAUCGAUUCUUUUCUUCUGUUACUCUUGCUGAGCACCUGGAGCUCGUGGGGACUUAUGUGUGUGGUACUAUAGUGGCAAAUCGAAAAGGACUCCCUGAUAAUGUGAAGAAGGCAAAAUUGAAGAAUCGAGGAGACAUCAUACAGAUGCAGAAAGGAAAUCUGAUAGCUACUUCUUUCAAAGACAAGCGCCAGAUCACAUUUCUGUCAUCAUUUGCACCACCACACCUGGAUGAAAACACAGGAAAACCACAUGUCAACAUCCUCUACAAUAAACACAUGGGUGGUGUGGAUAAAUUUGACCAGAUGGCCUCAUACUAUCCUGUUGGAAGACCAGGAACAAAGUGGUGGAGGUACAUACUUUGGUACAUUGUCAAUUUAUCAAUUUUGAAUGCCUGGGUUUUAUAUCAGAAGUCGGAGAAGAAUCCCCCACCUCAGAAAGGAUAUGACCAUCUAGGAUUCCGAAUGGACGUUGCGGAUCAGUUGCGCGCUGGAUUUACCUCCAGGAAACACAGGAUUGGCAGAAAGGCAAAGAACUGCAACAAGAAAAUUGCAAUUCAAUCCAUCAAUCACCACGAACUCGUGAAAAUAGACGGUAGGAAGAAAAUGUGUCGCGAAUGUUCCCUACACAACCGCAAGACUUUAUCUGGACGUCCAGUGGAAACUACAUUCAAAUGUGGAUUUUGUGAUCUUCCUCUCUGCAGAAAUGGAUGUUUCACGUCCUUCCAUGAAAGAAACUUAAAUUAGUGUCAUGUAAUGACAGCAAUAUUUAAUUUUGUGGCUUUUAAACAUUUUUUACCUGUGUUUACCUGAUUUCGCUAGUACAGGUGUUGUUUGACUUACUUACUAGACAUGUACAUAGUUUCAUUAUACUUAUAUAUAUUUGCUAAAUUACACUUUUAUUGAAAGAAAUUGAUUGUUAAAUUCUAUGCUUUCUUUUUUUAAUGUCCUUUUUGUACCUAAUAAAUUACCUGAAUAUUUUGCAGCUUAUAAUCAUGGCAUCAAUAAAAAAACAUCACAAUAUAUCCUUGUUUAUUUUUUCAGUACCUCAUUGGUAUACUGUUGCUUGAGUGAACAAAACAUUGGAAUUAUAUCUGUUUUAUUGAAUUUUUUCCUUGAUUGGGAUUUUUACCUGAAAAUUACCUGGAAAAUGAUGACAUAGACAGAAAAUAAAAGUCACAUUCCAAAGAGUAGAGUCAACAUUAUAUUUGGGUGAAAUUUCAUGGCAUUACAUUGAUUAAUGAAAAAGUUAUGAAAUUAAGAAAAUGAAGGAAGAAUUUUCAUAAAAACUUAAGAAUUAAUUGAGAUUCUCUGUGCUAUGAAUUGUAUAGAAAUGUAGUCACGAAAGGGUUAAGGUCUAUCACUCCUGUAAGUUUGGUAUCUUAAUCUUUUACCGUUUCUGAGAUCUCACGCGGACAAAAUAUUUUUGAAAAAAAACGGAAAUCGGACACAUCUGACGAACGGAAGUGAAUUUCAAAAAAAUAAAAAAAAGUCUGGAGGUAUUUAUAUUUUCUAUCAUCCCUGAAAAUUUCAAGAAAAUCCAUCCAGCCAUCUCUGAGAAAUCUUCAGUGAAAAAAAAAAGAAUAAUAAAAAGAACUAGAAAUGAUCUCGUUGCAAGCAACAAAUAGGUCUUCCGUCCAAUUUCUGACGAGAUAGGACCUUGACUGGAAGAAUUCAAUUAGUGAAUUAGUGAAGAACGACUAUACAUGAAAGAAAUAAACACAUACAUGUAAGACGUGGUUUAUCAAUUGUAAACAAUUUCGGUUUUGUUUCAUUCACUUUCAAGUAUCUCGGUAGUCCAUAAAACGACUAAAAAUUUCAAUUGAACCACGUAGGAACCCACACUAAAAAUUUCCAUAAAACAUACUGAGUGUUUGGACAACUUCUGGUUUCGAACAACCAACUUCCGGUGGAAAUGAUAUCAUUUAUUACACUCUAUUAAAUAAUUUUAUGAGGAUUAGAAUUUAAAAAAUGAAAUAUUAUAUAUUUUUAUGGUACUUCCGGCGGAUGACGGAAGUGACCGCAAGAAAGUUGAAACACGUAUGUCACAUCUACGAGUCACUAUCUAACUUUCCUGAAACCUUCAAGACUCAAUCUUUGAGUAUUUAUGAGAAAACACUUGGAGAAAAAAAGCUGGAAAUCGUACAUAUUUAACGAACGGAAGUAAAUUUUGAAAAAAACAACAAUAAUUCACUAUACUCUGAAGAUGGAUAAUGUCAAUUAUAUAUUUGAAAAUCACAAAAACACUUGCUUUUUUCUCUAAAAACCGGAAGUUGCUGGUUAAACUUCCGGUAAGACAAACAUUUUCUGAAAUGCCACAAGAGACCUAAUUAAUCUAUACAAGUCACCAUCUAUAAGUUGUUGGUUAAACUUCCGGUAAAUGUAACAUUUUUUGAAACACCGAAAGAGACCGAAUUAAUCUGUGCAAGUUUUAUUUCAAAAGCAUCAUUUUGAAAUUUGACGUUUCUUUUAUUCACUUCCGGUGACGGACGGAAGUGACGGAUGGCAAUGAUAAACCUUAUUACAGAGCUACAAGUCACCAUCUAUCAUCCCUAAAAGUUUGAAGACUCAAUCUUUAACCAUUUAUGAGAAAACGCCCGGACAAAAUGUCAUUUGAAAAACGGAAAUACAGCCGUAACUUGCGACCGGAAGUGAUUUUAGCAAAACCAAAAAAAGACCGUUCUAGACAAUCCUAUUUUACAUCUUUCCUGAAAGUUUCAUGAAAAUCUAUCCAACCGUUUUUGAGAAAUCGCGUGCAGAAAAUCGGUAAGAAAAAGAACAAUAAUAAUAAUAAUAAUAAUAGAGGAAAAGAAACAUAAGAAUCACUAUAAGGUCUUCCGUUGAGACGGAAGACCUUAAUAAUAAUAAACAGUAGAAUCACUAUAAGGUCUUCCGUCUGGAACGGAAGACCUUAAUAAGAAACAGAGUAAAAACAAUAUGUUCCCAAACUUUGUUUGGGGAACAUAAUAAUCGUGAGUUUUAGUUAUCGUUCGUGGAAGUUUCAUAAACACCGCUAGAUGGCACACCGUAACUUAAGAACUCUGGUGCAUGAAAAUGGCGGCGAUUCAAAAAUUAAAUAGAGUCUUGCAAUGGAGAUGUGUAGUGUCGGUCACUACGCUGACAGUUUAUGCGUGCCAUAUGGUGCAAACCCCAAAGAAAAGGGAUUGACUUUACUUGGAGAGUGUACCAGAGAUAUUAAACACCAUCUGAAGUCGCAAAUAAACAUAGCACAGGACACCAGACGAACGUCAAAGCAGCAGCCAACACCGAGGGACAUCUCAUUGCGGGACGUAUUGGGUUAUUUCGGUAAAUUGAUAUAAAAAAUAUAUUAGAAUGGAAAUCAUAUCAUUGUUUUUUUAAAGACGGAUGAAAUGUAUGAAGCAAUCUUGAUAUUUAUAUUAUGAACACAUUGAAACAAACACACCUGACAUACUAGCUGCAAUAAUGUAGCCCUCUGUUUUUUUUUUGUUUUUUUUUAGGGAGAGGGCUACAACUCCUUAGGAUCUCCGUAAUGGUGCAAAUGCGGGAGUGAUUCACUCGACCCUCAACAUUUGCGCUCAUUCUAAACAUUUCCUGAAUUUCUUUACGUAAAUAAAAUGAUAUUCUAUGUUUCUUUAAGUCAAUGUGUAAAUUUACAACCUGCAACUUUAGGUUUGUGAGGCUCUAUUCUACCGUUUUCAACAAUUUCGAUAAAUUCCAAUUUCUCGAUUCAUAUUUGUGCGCCAUGUUUGAUGUACUGAAGUUUCAACUUCCGAUUGUCAAGUCAUUUGCAUAUGCCAUAUAAGGUAGUAUUUACAUCAAUGGACAAGUAUGGAGGCGAAAGCUAUUUCGUCGGUAUUGAAAAGGUUUGAAUUUAAUAUCAAGUUAAAAACCGAACAGUAAAGUGUAAAUUCUUUCUGCAACAAUAUGAUUUUCCUUUCUUUGUCGAAGUGGCUCGAGUAACUACAUUUUCGCGCUGAUUGUCAAUGUUUAGGUUUUUCAUUAGAUCCACCUACGAGAUCUUGCGAUAACAAGCAUGGCGGAGCAGACGAAGAAUUUUGCAUGCUGUACAUUAUAUUUAAUGAAAAACACCUUUAUUAAACAUGCCCGAUAACAAAGUUGGUACUCCUUUUGGUGUAAACAAAAUUUGGGACUAAUACACAGAGUUUAUUAUCGGUUAUUCAUAAAAUUAUUUUGCACCAUUACGGAGAUCCUAUGGAAUUGUAGCCCUAUCCCGAAAACGUCAGAAUUAAAAAAAUUGGAUAGGGCUACAUUAUUGCAGCUACUGACAUACAUACACUGAUCAAUGCAGUACCCCAAGAAAUAGAAACAUAUGAGUACAUGUACAGUAUAACAGCGGAUCUAAAUACAUCGAGAUCACACGUCAGUCACCAGUUUUAUAUGUAAAGAUCUGUAAUGUAAACAACAAUCACUGAGCUUAGCGAAAGCUCAGUAAUUGUUGUUUACAUUGUAAACCUUUACAGAAAAAUUUCCGACUCCUGUAGUUGAACUAUAAGUAGAAUUCAAUUUGAUUUAGAUGGAGUUUCAGAAUGUGAUAUAAAUGUUAAACAAUUGUGCGCCACACGCUUGCACUUCGCUGGAAGCCAUUUCUCACGUUGAAUUAAGGUUUGUGAUAUAAAAUUGUAACUUUCCGAAGGUUUUAAUGAAAUUAAAUUAAUUUUUUCAUCAAAUAAUUAAUGAAUGCAUAUUCAUUUCUGUGCGAAUGUUUAAAAAUAUAGCAUAAACUUAAUAGUAAGUAAUUUGAUUUAAUUUAAUUAACAUAAAAACUCAAUAGCUAAUUUUAUAUAAAUAUAUGCACUAGGAAGGAAAGGUAACCCAAGCUGCAAGUCAACAUGAAAAGGAAAGAUAACUCACGCUACAGUGAAGUUUAAAAAAAAUAUACCUGUUUACCUCAUCAAAAUAUUUUUUUAUUAUUAUUAUUAAUUUACUCUCUCUCUCUCUCUCUCUCUCUCCCUCUCUCUCAUGUAGAAACUAUCAAUUUUUCAGAUAUUUUUUUUUUGCCCAUAUAUAGUGGUUGCCACUAUACAGGUGUGAACAUUUAGAACAAAAGAUUACCAAUAGAAUAUUAUACAAAAGUACACAUAAUUAAGUGACAACUUUAAAUUGGGUUUAUGAUGAUGAUAGUGAUAAAAUAAAACCAACAAUUUUACAUACAGGUAACAUUUACUGUACAACUACUAUGAGCAUACAUGUAUGACACCCUGUGUUUAAAAUGUGUACUGUCAAUUUACAAACCAGGUUCUUUUUUAUACAUUCCGUAACUAGGUAUGGAAAUCAUUAGAUAUGAAUAAAAUGUUUAAUUUCAAUCAUUUUUAAAACCCAGUGAACUUUGAAAAUUCACAUCAGCUGAACAAUGGCAGGCCAAUGUGACUCAAGUGAGUGAUGUGGCGCAUGGGCCUCUUGUUUAAAUUUAAGGGUGGGGUUGUUGUUGCUGUUAAGGAUCAUUUGUAACAGUCCCGUUACAAUUAUAACUACUUUCACAAGUAUUUGAAAUACAGUGAAACUUCUCUAAACCAGCCGGCUCUCGGACCGGAAAAAACGGCCGGUUUAGAGGGAUGGCCGGUAUACCGAGAAUUUAGCAAUUAUAGACAUUUUAUCUCAAUAUUCACAAAGUAGGUACUGUUCACCUUGAUCUGGUGAUCUAUGAUCAAUUAUCAGUGGAGAUUAAAUUAGUCCGCUUGUACCUAAAGAUAAUUAUGAAUUACAAGAAAUAUUCUCGCUGAAAUCAUCUAAUUUUAAACUGAAAAUCCAGAACAGGAUACAUAAAGAAAACACAGAGGCCUAUUAUCGGAAUUCGUCUUACCUAUAAAAACUCUGUUUACAUUCAUCGCUUAUGUCAUUAACAAUUUUGUUUUGACGUUUUUAAAAAGUACAGUAGUAAAUACGAAAUUGUAAUUUGAAUAUUUCUUUGGAAUUUUAAGUCUAUGGAAACCAAGAAAAUUAAUCUAUCUUUUAAUAAUUAUCAUUAACAGUCAUGGGUUUGUUCUUUUAUUAACUGCCGCUUAUAUCCAUACGAAAGUAUGGUGAAACAAUAUGGCGUUUGAUAGGGUAUUCAUUCAAUAAUUUCCCAACUGUGUUUUACAUUUUGUACAGAAUUUGGAAGGGUCUCUUGGAUUAGCUAAGUGUCAAUUAACACCCUUGACAGCACAGGUAAACAAUAGAAAUUAAAGAGGCCACUAGUGUUUUUCACACCUCCAAUGGAUAAUUUCAUACCUGGCCAGUCAUACCAGGUCAGUCAAUUUGCACACCUGGAUGAUCUUAAUUAACCUUUGGCCAAGAUUUUCUUGUCUUCAAAAAGUGGCUGGUAUGUUAAGGGUAAAUUACACGUUUGUUAACAAAUGUACUUUAAAAAGUGGCCGAUGUCCGGUUUUCAGGGGUGGCCGGUUUUGUAAGACUUUCUUUGUAAGGAAAUGUUAAGAUUUCUGCCGGGACUUUGAAAAUCGGCCGAUAUUCAGGGAGAACCAGUAUUCUGAGGGGCCGGUUUGGAGAAGUUUCACUGUACAUAUAUACCCUUUCUUUCAGACAAUGAGGGACAGUCAAGAGUCUUACUCCCAAUCAGUAUCACAGAAUUCUAAUUGGAGUGAAGACCAUGAGUUAGAUUUAACGGAUGUAAAUCAGAUUCUACAACUCACAACAAAAGGCACAUCUAGUCCCCUUAGAAGCCAACUUCGACAUAAUGUGGCAGACGUCCAUUCCAGAACAUCUCAUUCCUCUUAAAUUUUGAAAAUACAUAGAUAUUUUUGUUGCGGACACUACAGGUUAUCAUAUAUUACAUAUCUAAAAUAUUGUCAAUUAUUUUAAAAUCAAUGUUGAUAAAUGUUUCUUGAUCGACUAAUUCAUGUGCCAUAGGAUCAACUCUGGAAAAUUAGAUAUCAAAAGUUGUAGAAUGUGGGGUUUUUUGAGAUGGGAAUUACCAUAUAACAUUGACCAUUAAAAUUUUUUUGCUAUACAUUGUUAUGCAGUUUCAAAAAAUAUUGAUGGUGUCACAGAUGUUCAUUCUAUUAAACAUGUUCUAAGGAAUGAUUUUAUAGAGUAAAUUUCAUAAAUUAAAGAAUUUACUGAGGACUCUUGUUUGUUUUCUCUCAGAUUUUAUAUUGUUGCGGACACUACAAAUAUACCGAAGUGUUUCUGAUUGAAUCCAUAUUUGAUUUGAAUGAAGUAAAUUAAAAACCUUAAACUCUAACUCAUACAUGCCAACUUUCCCGAUUUGUGCGGGAUUUUCCCGAUUUGAAGCAGUUGAAAAGGCAAAUCCCGAUAUCCCGAUCGGGAUUGCAAAAAUACCCCGAAAUCCCGAUUUUCUAAAAAAUAUCUCCCAUUUUACGACAACAAACCCCCAUUUCCAACCGGAAUUUGAAAUCCCGCGUCAUUUCUGAACUGGCCAAUCAGAAAUCGGGACAAUAGUCAGCCAUUGCUGUUUACCUGUGUCGCAUGGUAUCGGAGUGAUGUAAUUUACUUUGUCUGCCCGUGUCGGGGUGCUAAUAUUAGACAGUGCGAAGCAUGUUUUGAUAGUAAUUAAUCGGGAAGACGGAUUUCAAAUUGACAUAUCCUUUACACAAACGUGAAUGGCAAUGAUAAUAGUGUCACCACCAAACAAUCGGACAUUCCUGAUUUUUGCCUCUCGCUGACAGCAUCCAAAAUAUGCAAUAUUAAAGAUGUCAUGGGUGCAAAGGUUUUGUUCGCAAACUUCAUAGCAGGGCAGAUCACUCCUUUUCUGGUUGCAAUGCAGAUUGUUCCACCAGACUCUGCAAGCCCAUGAAAUUGUUUACAGACAAGCAAGAUCGCCUUUGUAGUCGUACCUAAAUGCAUGUGCUUUAAUUUAAAUUUUGAUAUAUAGACCAGCCAAUGUAUAUAUGGUGUAAAAGGAUGUAACUUUAAGUAUUAUUUGAUAAUAUGUAUGUGAUUUGUUGGAGAGGAUUUUUUGCUGAAUAGAUGAUUUUAAUAAAAUACUUAUCUAUAUCUUUCAAAGUUUUUUUUUUUUAUAUAGUUUUGUUAAAGUUAAUGGUCAAACAUACUUGAUGUAUGAUACAUGUAUAAUGAUUAGAUUGAUAUUUUAUUUGAAAAGACAAAUAUUUAUUUUCAUGGUAAAAUGUCGUGAAUUUUGAGCGUUGAAAAAAGGUCGUCGCGCGCAAAAUCCCCCAUGGCGAUUUUCAAAAGUUGGCAUGUAUGCUAACUUGUUUUCUAUGUUAGUGAAUGGUAUAAUAUGAUGGGAAAAUUUUUUAAAAAGGGGGAGGGGGCUAGAAUGAUGCUUUUGGAAAUAAUACCUAUAUAUCAAUUAUAAAGUGUAUACAUACAAGUUUGAAGUGUCAUCUUUCAAACUAACCAUUUGUUUUUUUAAAAUAAAGUUAUCCAACUUUAUAAUCAAAAUAACAGAAUAUUAGAGAUGUUUUAUUAUAUUCACUUAUUUCAGAAAUUUUGUAAUGAAAUAAAAGUGAAAUGAUAAUUAAUGCUGUUGUAGACACUGAAAGUACUGUAGAUAAAUUUAUGAACAAACUUGAACUUGGAACUAAAUGUUGAUUGCAAAAUAAUGGGGGGGGGGAUCAACCUCAUCUUUCUCCUUGUCCAUAGCUAUGAUCUGAAAAUUAUGUUUAUGUUUGUCACAAAUAACAUUUCUUUCUCUGCCCUUUUUGGUUUUAAUUCUUUCCUUUUUAAAGUUGUUCUUUUCUUUCCAAUAUUUUGUGUUCACCUUUUCUUGCAUUUCCUUUUCAAUUUCAACCUUUUCUUUCUCUCAAGAUUUCUUUCUGUCCGUAUUUUUUUUUUAUUCAUGUAAUCUCUUUUUUCCAAUUGUGGCAAGAAAUUGGGGAUUGUUUUUAAUACCAUCCCCCCUCUCUCUCUCUCUCUCUCUUUCUCUCUUUCUCAUUUUCCUUAUUUUUCUUUCUUUAGCUUCACUUUUUUUAAAAUUUCACCCUAUUUCUUCUAUCUUCUCCCUUGAUUUCAUUAACCUCUCUGAGUUAUAUGUAUACACUAGAUGUUAUGGGUGUAAAUUCCGAAUUUGAACAUAUAUUUUCACAAUAUUUUAAUCCAUUACAUACUUGAAUUAUAGUUAUCAUAAAGAUAAAUCAUAAUACAUUUUCUUGAAAAAAUCUAUGAAAUCAAAAAGUCGUUGCGGACUCUACAGGGUUGCGGAUUCUACAAAACACAAUAUAUCUGCCAGAAAACUUAGCAAUAAUGAACUCGAGUCUGUUUCUUUGGUAGAUACAUUAGUAACUGUAUUGCCUCUUACCAGUAAGAGUAUAGAAAUAUAAGUCAUCAGACAUUCCAAAAUAUGCACAUGUUGCUGACACUACAGAAUUUUGGGACAUUUUUAUGCCAGUUAGAGAAAAAUGCGUCAUUUUUUUCAAGUUUUGAAUAAUCCACUCAAACUUUUCUAUAAUGUUUCAUUUAGUAUUCAACUCAUUUUUCAAAGCAAAACAAAAGUUGAAAUAAUGACGAAUUAACUUGUAGUUUUUUUUACUUGUAAGUUUAAACAUAGGAAUUUUAUAAAAUUGCAUAAUGUACAAGCAUUUUCAAAUUUUUAAACAUUAUUUCGCUAAUAUUUUUUCGAUUUAAAUACAGUAAAUUGCACGUAAAAGUGGAAUAAUUUAUCAUUGAUCUGGUUUUUAUUACCAAAAGCCUCUUCUAUAAAUCUCUUUGAACAAAAACUUGAAAAUAAAGCCAUUUUUUAGCUGCAACAGCAUAACACACAAAAUACCCCAUUUCUUCAGUAAUACAUCUUGAAUAUUAUUUUUAAAUAGAACAUGGGAGUGUUAUAUAUCAUUGGAUUUGUUAAAGGUACCAUUUGGUCAAUAUUUGGUCAUAUUUUUUAUGGAUUUAAUCAUAUAUCUUGAUGUAGAAUGCAUUAUAACAUUAGCAAGUAUGAAUUAUCACCAAUACUGUGAAAAUGGUGUUAAAAAUAUCCCCUACCCUUAAUGCAAUACUUAAUCUCUUUAGUGAAGUUUAUCAACUGCCUCUCAAUUCACAUGGGCUGUAUAGAAAAAAAAUCUUCGGGAGUGGGAACAUUCUUUUUCCAGGGAUAACAAGAGGUACUGUGAUCAAUGCUCACUAAGAAUACCCCCCGCUUACCCCAAUCUCCCAAAGGGUGUUGGUAAUAGGUAUAAACUACCUCUUUUCUGAGUGUAAAAAACAAAUGGCAUGACAAACCGAACCAUAUUGCUACUUCGAUGUCCAGUGCGCGUGACCUUUGACCUUUUGACCCCAAAAUCGAUAGGGAACAUCUUCAUCCCAUGGGUAGUCCAUAUGUAUGAUAUGGUGACGGUAGGUGGAAAGGAUAACGCUUUAGAGCCCGGAAACCAUAUUGCUACUUCGAUGUCCAGUGUGCUUGACCUUUGACCUUUUGACCCCAAAAUCGAUAGGGAACAUCUUCAUUCCAUGGGUAGUCCAUAUGUAUGAUAUGGUGACUGUAGGUGGAAAGGAUAACGCUUUAGAGCCCAGAAACCAUAUUGCUACUUCAAUGUCCAGUGCACUUGACCUUUGACCUUUUGACCCCAAAAUCGAUAGGGAACAUCUUCAUCCCAUGGGUAGUCCAUAUGUAUGAUAUGGUGACGGUAGGCGGAAAGGAUAAUGCUUUAGAGCCC